CAUAAAGAAGCAACAGUAUAAGUAGUUACGAAAAGAAAAAGAACUACAAUGCCUCAACAUCAUCGAAUAGAAUUCGCAAAAUUUGCAACACAAGUAGACGUAGUCGUAGAAGACCGUUUGUCAGUGAUCAGAAGUCCCCCCGAUAGAGAGCGAGGAGGAGACCAUGAACUACCCGUUGAUAGCAUCUACUUGACAUUUCAAAUUUGUAAAGAAAUGUUUGGUUCUCCUGAGGAAGAUGAGCUAGAUCCGAUCUCCUUGAAGGUUUCGCGAUCUGGUAUCGCGCAGAUCCUGCGUGCUGCGCGAACCGAGCAAGGGUCUUCGGGCUUAGCCAAAGGCGCAGGACAAUGUGGCGGUGCAUCGCUUUCCCAGCCCUCGAGGCCCAUGACCGCGGCCGGGGAUCGAUCGGCGCUGUUGUGGAACAACCGACCUCCAUCAUCGUAUGGAGGCGGGGCCUCUGCCGGGGGAAUGGGCGGGAGUCGACCUUCAUCUCGUAUGAUGUGGUCGACUGCGGCGAUCAAGGAAGAGGAUGAAUUUCUGGGCGAGCAAGAACCUGCGGGCUUCACACUCAGGUAUGACAUUUGAUUGUUUUUGUUGAUGAAAACGAGAAGAUCGAUGGCUUCCAAGUUCAGCUUCAUGAUUUUGUUUUGCCGCAGUAGCUCUAGUGGUCGCAUGAUGGUAGGACUGGGAUUGGCACGCCUCAUCCUGUGGCUUCACAUUGUAAUAAUUAGAAUAGUUUAUAGAACGAAUGUAGGAUGGACUUGGAUGGACCGGAUGGACCCCCCUGAGUCUUCCGAUCCUACUUGAAAUGGUGGGAAGUCCAUUCGAUCCAUCCGAUCCAUCCCAUCCCGGAUCUGGCACCCCUAUCGAUUCCGUUAUAGUAUAAUAUUACUUCACUCGUCGCCCUCCCAGGAAAACGAUGAGUCGAGAGAAGAAAAAGAAGAAAAAGCGCAAGAGCCGAGACGGUGGUGGCGAUUCACCUCUUUUCGCUGGCCAACAAGGAAGCGGGGUCGUUGAUGCGAUAUCUUUCGAUGACACGGGAGCUGUUCGAGAGGAGCGGCACUACACUUUGUCGUCACGGACUUCUACUACUGCUGGCACCCGCGAGCGCCGACUCUCGUCGAGCGUAAGCGACUCCGACGAAGCUUCAGCAGAAGAAAUCUUCGAGCAUGAUCCGCCCCGUUUUUCGGCCAGCAAUGGCAAUGAGAAGCAACAGGUGCCGGCUGUUGCUUCAUCAAUGAGCAGUCGACGAUCAGGGAAAACACCCACCGAUAACGACGUAAUUAGUGGAGCUGGCGCACAUCUUUCCGCCUCAUCGUCGGCGAGUUUUAAUGCGGGACGAUCCGGCUCUGGUGGAGGCGGAGCAGCGACUCGUUUAGCCGACUCUGGUCUCACGACCAACAGCACGAGGCCACGUGUAGAGGGUGGCUCUUUCGGCGAGACUGACAGCAUGACGACUUCGCAGUCUUCGAACUUUCAGUUCGAAGACCUCCACUCUUCACGUGCAUCUUCGUGUGCUGAAGAGACACAGGAUGAUUAUGCGCGGGGAAUAGCAGGUAUGCAGCAACAACUCAACAGGCCUCAGCAUGUCGAUCAGCAGUACUUGCAGAUUGGCGGCAGUGCGAGCAGUUCCUCCGCACCUUCAACAGCGCAACAGUUUUCAGAGCGCGAAGACGAAGAUAAAACUGUUUGUGUAGGACGAGGAGCAGAGGAGAAUCACGAGUAUCCCCUCGGAGAGGAAAUUUUGACACCAAUGCUUGGUACGCGCGCAUCUGCGUCGCUCGCAGAGUCGGUAGUCUCAGCGUUGGAGCGCCUAGCGAGUCCCGGGUCGACGGUGCUGCGCAGCGCCACGAGUGAUGGAUCCCCUGCGGCACAGCACCUUCUUGAAAUCGCGGCGCGCGUGAGGCAACUUGUCGUCAGCAACGAGACGGAAGACACAUUGCGAGAAGUCUUGCGCGCGCUGGCUACCGUGUUAGAUCGAACACCAGAGACGGCACCAACCUGCCUUUUGCAGUUCUGCCGCCUCGGGUUAGACUUGGUGAAGCUGACAGGCGGCAGUCACCCAACGUUCGCUAGUGCAGGGCUCUUCGUUCGCGGAGCGUCGUCUUCUUCAUCCUCUGUUCUGCGGACAAUCGUGAAAGGCGCAUUCCGUUGCUCGAAGGAUGAGGGGAGCGACUCACUCUUUGAGCAGGAACAGAUGCUGGAACCUCUGCUAGGCGUGCUUCGAGAGAAUGAACAAGGAAACGAAAUCCGUAUUUUUGUCCUUGGUUGUCUGAAGAACGUGACAGAGAAAAGCGCAGCCAACGCAGGAGUGCUAGUGCGCAGCCGCGCCGUGCCUGUCUAUAUUUCCAUACUUAAUUUAAUGGACGAACCGCAGGGGCACACUCAAAGGAAGGAGCUAGAACAAAUAUGGGUGCAGACUAUGGCAGCGUUGCGGAAUCUAGUGGAAACAACAGGGCUAAGUAGAGCGUAUUUUCGUUUCACUCCUCCUGUUUCUGUCUGUAGUUCUCAGUCUUGCAUAUGGUUGUAGUGUUCUAGAACUAUCAUGUUAUCGUAACUUCGUACCGGCCGUCCUUUCUUGUGGUGCCACUCCCUUCUUGUGGUGAACAUGGAAGGUCUCAAUGACGCGUAGCCACUUUCCCUCAGUAGUAAUUUUCACGAGAGCCCGGCUACACAACUGCAUCUUAUUUUUUCUUCAACAGAUCGCCUGCUUCCGCGCCAGAGAGUGCCAUGCUCGCGCGGGACUUGGCUAAUUCCGGCGUGGUGGACGUGCUGACGCGACUCACUACGGCGGUCUUAGACCACGAACCGCUGAGUACAGACGCGCAGGAGCUUCUCGUGAACGUCAGUCGAGUGCUAUCGAAAUUGUCGAUGGUCGAGAAGCUCCGCGAUGAACACAUGCUUGGAAACGAUGCGCUUAUCCGGCACUGCUGCACUCGGCUUCUCGAGUUGUGCUGCAAAGAAGGGACACUGGGUGGCACUACAAGAACUAACACGCCCGUAGAGGCUCCUUGGAAAGCAGCGGUUGUGCUGCGAACGACGUUUGUCCUCGGCAACUUGUGCGCCAACUCCGAAAGGACUCGAACGCGGUUUAUGCUCGAUUGUGACGGUAUGGCUUUGCUGCCUCCACUCUUGGACCGAUUUUGGCAAAGCAACCGUAAAUUGAUGCUCCGCGUUUCGUCGGCGGUGACAAAUGAGUUCCUCGGAUCAUCUCAUCCGUCUAGGUUACCGGAGGACAACGGACCGACUUCGGCGGGGGGAUUAUUGGGCGGGCCCGCGAGCUCCAAGCUCUCCGCUACAGCGGCAAGGGAUCUGAUGUCAAAAAGUGAAGAGGUUUUGACGAAGAUCGUGCGUCUCGUUGCCAAUGUUUGCGUCGACCCGCGCAUUGGCCGCGAAUGCUCCGCGAAUGGGCAAAUCGUGGACCCACUGCUAGAUAUGCUUGGUUGCAAGAAGAUUCAGCAGAGCGAAGAGCUCGUACUCAAUAUCGUUGCUGCGGUGACCAAUCUCCUGUACUACGACUUUGAUGGGAAUUUGCUUUUUCAGAGUGAAAACAAGCUGUUGCUUUGUCGUCUUUUUCGUCCACUCUUGUUGGAAAGCUACAAUCUGGAAGCGUCGAUGGAGACAGCGCGUGCGCUGGGUAACUUGAGCCGACACGCGGAUGCGCGAACGUGUAUGCGCGAUCUUCGGAUUGACGAAAUUCUCGUCAUUUUUCUAGAUCUCGGUGACGCAAAAGACUUGCUGUACUACCUGUGCGGUGUUCUGGUUAACUUCGCAGCGGACCCAGCCUGCUCAGCGCGGUUGGUGUCUGACUGUGGCCCGGUAGUCCAAAGGCUGGUGGAGCUUCUCUCUGUACCAGAUGAGUCAGAGGAUUUUCUCACCGUGCUACUCAAAGUCCUAGUGAACCUGGCGCUGGACCCGAGCAAGCAAAUCGCGAGAGCGGACCCUGCGCAAAAACGUACUGACUGUGACUUCGAGCUUUUUUGAAUUUCAAGUAUCGGAGUUUUAGCGAUCAUCUACAUCUGCUCUGGUGUCUGCUUGAGCCAUGAUAGAUUCAUUUGGCAAAGUCAAUGCUUCAAAAGCGUGACCCUAAGCAUACAUACUUAAAGAUUCGUACGACAACCAGAACCUUACACUCAUAUCUUUUAUUUUCGCAUUCCUCGCUCUCUGCAUCAACUACAUCAGUUGAAAUGGCUUCCACACCUCCGCUUUUCAUGGCAUUGGACGAAGCAGGGGGCAAUGAGUUACGAGCACGUUGCCAAUACCUGAGCGAAACAGCGGUUAGCAAGGAUCUUAAGAACCUUGCAUCCUCGUUUCACGCCACGCUGGCUGCGUCAACUUUUGCCCUCGCAGGCGAAAUUGCUAACCCUGGAGGACUCGCACCUGCAGCAAAUGGUGCAGCUACGUCGCCAGGUGAACUUCCCGCAGCUGGGAAUAGUCUCAAUGGUGUUGAAAAAGAAUCACAAUUACGAGAAGGUAGUGAAAGCGAUAUUAGGUCUGGUACUAAUAUCAACGCGGCUCAUCCGUGCAUUGCCGAUGGAUGUGGUCGUCGAUUUGCGUCGGCUGCGGAGCUCGAAGCGCACAUUAGACGGCGACAUGUGUAAUUUCGACUAGAUCAGCACGGACGGGCGAACAACAGGUAGUUCUGAGCAUGAAUCAUCAAGAAGACUAUCGCUCUGUGCAUUUGCUAUUGAGAUGACAUAAAUAGGCUUAGGAAGUAGACUUUUUUACUCUAUGACCAAAAAUAAAUUCUUUCAAUGUAUCUGAUAACGCUACUGCCAAUCCGUGUAUUUGCACUCCUCAGUUGUUUCCAAUUUUUACAGCUUGAAUAGGAAAGCGCACAACUCAUGAUGAUGAUCGUGAUGAAAGUACGUUUUGCCUUCUGUAACCUUGUCUAAAAAAAAACGAUGCACCAAGAAAAAGAGCUGCAGCCGCGUCGCGUAACGCUUGAAUAUCAACACUUAUGUUAUCCAUCUAUCACAAUUUCUUUUUGAAGAGUCCAGAAGUUGUGGAUCGAUCGAACCAUGCGGCCGUCCGAAAACGGAAUAUACCGGAGUGUCGAUUGG